AUGGCAGCUGUCGUCAGUACCAACAUCCCCAGGCUGAAUAUAGAGCAACGGUACAUAUUCGACAGAGUCGUCCAAAGUGUUGAACAGCAAUCGGGCGAAAUAUAUUUCUUGGACGCGCCAGGAGGCACCGGAAAGACGUUCCUUACUGGUAUCCUACUGGCAGAAGCGAGGAAACAAGGAAAAAUCGCGCUAGCUGUGGCGUCUUCGGGAAUCGCUGCUACGUUGCUGCCUGGUGACAAAACGGCUCACACAACUUUCAAGAUGCCAAUAGAUUUGGACAGCACGGAAACUCCUGUCUGCGGGGUAUCAAGAAACUGUGAUAAAGCCAGAGUUCUACAGGAAUGCAGUUUGAUCGUCUGGGACGAGUGUACUAUGGCGCAUAAAAAGGCCGUAGAAGCCGUAGAUCGGAUGCUCCAAGACGUAAGAAGGACGGCGCACGCAAUGGGUGGCGUUACAAUGUUGUUUUGCGGUGACUUCCGCCAGACUUUGCCGGUCGUGACGCGUGGUCUUCGAGCCGACGAGGUAAAUGCCUGCCUGAAGAGGUCGGUGUUGUGGCCAAGCGUGCAGAAGCUGCGCCUGACUGAGAAUAUGCGAGUCCAACAAGGAGGAGGCUCACAUGUCCAAGAAUUAGCCCGGGUACUGCUUCAGGUUGGAGAAGGACUUCUGGAGGAAACCAACGGCCUGGUUCGAUUACCAGAGACGUUAUGCAGGAUCGUUCCGUCCGUUGAAGACCUCAUUUGGAGCGUAUACGGAGACCUGAGCUAG